GCAAAGAUAACGUUAUAUAUCUACAAUGAUGACAAAUAUUUUUAUCUACUCAUAGCGUUAUCAUCUUAUCUCCCUGUCAUUUGUAGGUGAUGCUAUUUGCGCACUAAGGUGAAACUUGCACAAGAAGCAAGAAUGGUUUGCGGUGAAGCUAUAAUCAAGCUAAUUGUUUUUAGUGUUAAUACUGUGUUUUCGUUAGCAGGCUUAGGAAUAUUGGCGACUGGAGUUCUGUACAAGUUAAACUUCAACAAUGUCACAGAUGCAAUACCUUCCGACUAUCAGGACAUUGGUUUUGCUCCUGUCCUCUCCAUUAUUAUUGGUUCCAUUAUUUUCGUUAUAGCGUUCAUGGGAUGUUUUGGAACUGUUCGAGAAAGUACAUGUCUACUGAACUGGUAUUCUAUAAUAUUACUGGUGAUCUUCCUGUGCCAAAUCGCCAUUGGAGUCUUUGCGUUUCUCGAAAUACGAAAUGAAGACAGCUUCAAAUCUGCUGUGAAAGGACAACUGUUACUAUCGUUCAACGGCUAUAACGAAAAUGAAGCAAAUAAGGAAAUCGUGGAUUUUGUACAAGAAAAGUUCAGAUGUUGUGGAGUUGAAGGUCCUGCCUAUUGGACUAACAAAUCUGCAGAGGUCCCUAAAAGCUGCUACAGCGAUAUGAUCAAAAUAACUGACCUGCACACAGACGGAUGUUUGAACAAGUUUGUGGAGUUCCUACAUGGAUCAGUUCGCACAAUUGGGAUUGUUGUUUUAACGUUAUCAGCAAUCGAGGUUGUUGGAGCCAUAUUUUCGCUGUGUUUGUCGAGUAGCAUAAGGAACAGGGAAAGGAGGUUUAGGUACUGAAGAUAAUACUGUAUUCUACGGAACUUAAAAAUCGCUGUAGUACGUACAGUAUGAAGCAUAAUUAUGUGUAAUAUGUAUACAUAUAGCUAGAUGUGAAACAAACAUAUUUUUAUUUCAAUCUAAGAUGUGUAAUAUAAGUUAACUUAAUUUUACCAAGAUUAAUGUUGGAUCUUUUCCUAAUUCUGAACAUAUUGUACCAGUGUAGGUUUGGCGAUACUCUAGUAGAUAUUUUUUCCCUUCCACGCCUGAUGACCGAGAAAAUGAUAUUGUAAUCGCGAAAAAUUUUUAAACAACACAAACACAAACUCUUUAUUGUGCGGACCUUCUUAAGUACGGAACUAAUAUAGUUGUGACGGU